UCUAAGCUCCAUGAAGUUUCUAACGGUUUCGAAUAAGUAUACCUUCAUACAAACAUAUAUCUACCUAUAUAUUUCUCUAUCGAAUGUAUUUUUAGCAAGUGUUUUCGAUUAAGGUUGUCACAAAUUUUGUACGUCAGUGUAUUGUAUGAUUGGGUUUGAAUUUAAAUCAGUAAACUCUAAUCAGCUGCUCCAAAAGCACAGAAAUGGCAGUAGAAGUUGGAGUUUCAGUAGAUGAUGAUAGCCCUAAGACCCGAUUUGUAAGAUAUCUUUACAUUGGUAAAGAGUAUCCAGUUUAUUAUUCAGGAACAUGGACCAAUCAAAAUCACUUUACAAUGGCCAAAGUAACGUCUAUUGUCGAAUUAGCUGCAGACAAAGAUACGGAAUUAUUUCCAAUUACUAACAUAAAACAGUUAUUGGAAUCAGGAUCAGUACCUAAGCCUGAAACUUUAAUAUUUGCUCUAGCUGUAUGUGCACGACAAGAAAAAAGUGAGAAAUUACGACAAGCAGCAUAUAAUUUUAUUUCAGAAGAAUGUAAAAAUUCAGAACAGUUUAUGUUAUUCAUUGAAUAUGCAUCUCAACUAAGUAAACAAUCAUCAAUUGCUAAACAUGGUUACGGACAUGGUUGGCGUAGUAUGGUAAAUAAAUGGUAUUUAUCUCAUGAUGUUAAAAAUUUGGCUGAAUGUGUUACAAAAUAUAAAAGUAGGCACGGUUGGAAACACAAAGAUAUUAUAAAGCUCUCUCAUCCAGUAACUAAAGGCCUUGGUCCAGACAUGCAAGCUGUUUUUAAAUACAUUAUGUUUGGUUUAGAUAAAGCAAAAUUGGAAUUCGGCAAUGAAACAAAAGCAAUAGAAAUUUUACAUUUUAUUGAACGGGUAGAUAACUUUCGACAGUGUGAAGAUGCUAUACGAGCUGCAGGAUUAAUUAGAACAUGUAAUUAUAAAUUAGAUCAUGUUCAUGCUAGUUUAAUUAAUUCGCCGGAAGUUUGGGAAGCUUUAAUCGAGUCAAUGGAUUUGCCUACUCUUGUUGAAAAUCUUCAAAGAAUUCAUAAUCUUGGUUUACUUAUACCAUCAUCUCAAUUAACUGAAAAAAUAUUAAGUGCCAUCACAAACAAAGAUCAAAUACUAAGAUCGAAAAUUCGUCCUGCGGUUAUUCUUAUGGCUGUUAAAACUUAUGAAGAUCCAGAUAAAAUACCAGUAUUUACAAAACGAAAGUUAGGAAGAAAAAAUAAACUUAAACAUCGACAAUUACCUAAUCCAGAUAAACGUAUUAUUGAUGCUUUAUAUUCGGCUUUAAAUAUUUCAUUUGCAAACAUUGAACCAACGGGUCUAAGAGUUUUAAUAACUGUAAGCACAGAAAGCUGGAAAAAGAAACAAAUUACUCAGAUGUCAGUUGAUACUUUCAAACCCUGGGUACUUGAAGCUGCUUGUAUUAUUGCACUCGGCUUAUUACGAUCUGAAGAUAAAGUUACUGUAUCCGCUUUUACUGCCACUGAAGGUUUAAAUGCACGACCAGUUCAUCUUGACAAAAAUGCAACAUAUCAGGAAGCCUACGAAAAAAUGCGUGUCCGAGUCAAUGUUCCACCAAAUCUUGGUAAACCAAUUCUUUGGGCAGCACAUCAUCGAAGAAAAUAUGAUGUUUUUAUCAAUGUUGUCGAUAAGAUGCGUGAAAAAUAUGAUUUUACAUCUCGAGCUAUGGAUCUUUACAAGAAGAAAAUGAAUUUACCUAACACAAGAUUGGUAAAUUGGGUUGUCGGCACUACAUCAACAUACAUGGAAAGCAAAUAUGUUAAUGAUGUGUUAACAGUUUGUGGUUUCGAUGUUCAUGUUCCAAAAGUUAUUGAAGCUUUUGCAAAACGUCAAUUUUAAUUCGCGAUAAGUAAAAAUAAAUAUUCAUGAACAGAAAAAGAAAAUCGUAAGUAAUGGCCUAAAAUAAUCAUAAACAGCGAUAAAAAUUACAAUUAAGUUUUCACCGUACUAACUACUACUUCUAAGUUUUAUUUAUAUUUCACAAUUUUCAAUGGAAAAUUUUUAAAUAUUUUUAAUUUAAUUUGCGACGAACUUAAAAGCUAUUAUUGAAAAAAUCAGAAAUUAUCAAUAUUUAUGUAUUGAAAAGUAUAAUUUACUAACUUCUAGUUAACAAUGUACUAUUUAACGAAUAUAUUAACUGCAUGUUUUUAGAAUAUACUGCACAAAAUAUGAAAAUUAAUAAUGUUUUUAGUAGCUAUUUUUUGAAUCGAUUAUACAGAUAAAGAAACGAAAAAUAAGUAAAAUUUGAAAUUUUUCUUUAAAAUACAGUUGGUUAUAAGUUUUAUAUAUUCUGAAAUUAAUUCGAUAUUAAUUGAAAAAAGUUUAAAAAUACUUGAAUUUGACACUUCACAAACUGACAAACUUGAAUAGUGAUUAUUAAUUUACUUUUUAAGAGUUUUUACUUUAACUAUGAAAAAAACAACUAUAGUAUCAAUUAAUAUAUUCCAAUCUGCAGCAUAGAUAUGUAAAAACCUAUUUUAAGAUUACACAAUAAUAACAAAAAUAAUAACUUAAUGAGUAGAAUGUACCUUUUUAUAUCAUAGAAUACGUUUAUAUCUAUAAAUAUGAAUAUAAAAACAAAAAAAAAAGAACAAGAAAAAUACAAAUUUUAAAAAUGCGCUUAAAUAUUAUCGCUAAUUUGUUUAAAUAAAGUAUUAGAAAUCAAUAAUGACAAAUCACAGUGUGGUCACAUGAAAAAAAAAUAAAAAAGAAAAAAAACAGUGUGAAUACUAGAAUGAUGAAAAUUUAGAUUUAGAAUAAAAAAUAAUAGAAAGAAAGGGUGUAAAAAAUAAAUGGAAAAUGAUUCGCUUACUUAUAGGUAUGUCUCUGAAUGGUAUUUAAUAAUUUAGGAAAAUGACUUUUUCUGUCAAAUAUCGUAAGAAAAAAAAAUAGUAAGAAACAAAAUAAAAUAUAAAAAAAUAAAAAAGAAAGAAAAAUUUCUUUUACUGUGAUACGCAUUUAGCCCCAAAGAGUUAUAGACUUACAUGAGUUUUAUUUAAUUGUUAUAUGUUUGAUAUAUGCCAUAUUCAAAAUACUAAUGUCAAAGCAACAAAUAUUUAGUACUCCUACUAAGAUUUAAACAACUGUGAUAUGACAGUCGAUGUUUGUUUAUAAUGAAAUAAAUAAAAAUAAAUAGUGAGAAAAUUAAAUCAGAGACAUGCCGUCGAAAAUACUGUUAUUUAAUUAAUACAAUUAUUACUCUGGAUUUAUUUAGAUAAAUAAAAAAAAUGUAAAUCUAAAGAAUCUCAUUUGUCGAUAACACAAGUACACCCUCUAACGCUUCUUGUUAUGAGGCGUACAAAACUACUGGCGAUACUUAACUAUAAAUUUUCACGUAUUGUUUUUUUUUUAUUUACAAAAUUUAUUUAUAUUAUACCUUAGUAUACAAAUAUUGCAAAAAAAAUACAUGUUUUGUAAACCCUGGAUCUUGUUAUGCGUUUCGCUUGUUGCGUUAUUAAAUUAAUUGAAUCGUGAUAAAACAAAAAUAAACUAUAAAUGUAUUUAUAAAUAUUACUCAAUAAUUCAUACAAUGAAAAGCAUAUAUUUAAGUUAAAUAAUCAAUCAAUUAUAAAGGACGACCGAUAAGAAAACGAUAAAGUGUAGAAAUAUAACUAUACAUGUUUCAGUAAAGUUUUAUUUUGCUUUUUCUCUUGGUCAUGUCCUGGAAUUAUUAAACGAAUUAGAAAACGAAAUCAAACAUAAUUUUUACGAAUUUACAAACGCCAAGUUUAAGAGGCGUUAUAAAAAUAAACAAAACAAUACAUUUAUGUGUUCAAUCUAACAAUUAGAAUAUACGAAAGAAAAAUGAAAAUUUUAAGAAAAUCAUUCAUUAAAAAUCAGUUAUAAAGUUAUCAUGUUGAAAAAUAUAUUUCUCUAAUUUUACAAGAUAUACAUACUAGGUAAUCAAGUUUAGGUAAAUAAAAUUGGAAAUGAAAUUUUUAAUAGCAAAAAUACAAUAAGAAUCUUUUCUUUUUGGCUGCUAUUAUUUUACGAUCGUUAUUGUUUGCUUUAUUAAAUACAUAACUGGAGGAAUAGUAGCUCCACAUUAUAUUACAACAAACUAUAUUGAUUUAUUUUAUGCAUAAAGAUUGUAGAAAUGCCUUACAUUAUAUCCCCCUGUUAUGGGACGUUGUAUCCCGAUAAACAGAAUUCAAUAAAAAAAAAAAAAAAAAAAAAAAAAAAAAAA